UUGUUGAUUAUUUCUCUCUCCCAUCUCACUCAGCCUCAUCAUCACUACACUAUUUUUGCCUCAUAUCUGCGAGUGCGCCUGAGCAAAGCAUCUGUUUCGUUGGAAAAGCGUCAAGUGUAUCACCAACUUACCAACAAUCAAUCCAUCCUUCCAGAAGGAUCGUAAGCGCUUAUCAACCUUCCCCAUUCCCCCUAUACAGGACCAACGCUUUCUGCACACCUAAAUUCUGGGGUAGUACCAGAAAAUAAUACAUAAAGGUCCAAGGUCUCUCAACCUCCUCACCACAUUCAAGCCGACCCUCACAUCAACCUUUCGACCUUCACAUACAUCCGUCGUCUCCAUCAGAUCUCACCAUACACCAAUACUUCCUCAUUCGAAUAUCAAGUCAAGUUAAUCACUCACAUCAUUAAACAUGCCUUCUCAAUCAUCAACCACUACAAUGGCCGUGCCUGUUCCACGUCGCCGUCUAUCUCCACUUCUUACCUCUUCCACCUUUGGCGAAGACGUCAGUUUCUAUCUUGACACCGUCAAAGCGAACUCCAAGAAUAAGACGCCAUACAUCUUCCACGAGAGCGAAUAUGCUCCACCUGCCCCACCUCCACCAUCCCCAAUCAACUUCCCCGCCGAAAGUUGGAGCCCCGCUUGUCGAAGAUAGAUCCUACUAGCAUAUUUACAUUGGUAGUUUCAUUCCAGGGGUGUACGUUAGCGCGCAUGUAACCAUAUGAGGAUGUAGAUACAUACAUUCAAUGCACCAUGUUCGUCCGUGGUUACCUACCGCAUUUUCAUUUCGUCGCGUUUCGAAUUUCGACUUUAGUUUCAUCAUACAUGGAGCAACAAUUUCUUUCGGGUUAUUCAUGGGUGGAAGGAUAUCGCAGAUGGCAGACAGUUGCCGGUUCAUCAAAUGGAGUUACUUCAUUAUUCCUACGGCACUCUACACACAAUCUCUGUCUCGGCAACAACAGCAGUAGGUGCAGUACCAUGAAUAGGACACCGCACACGCGUGCAUUGGGAUUUUUAUCAGGAGUUUUAAAAAUGGGAGGUUAUUAUAAUGAUUCAUUAAAUUCAUUCUUUGGAUACCUGGGCAGGAUAUGAUGUUUUUAGUUAUUAGGCUUUGCUUCUCUGGAUUUGCUUUCGUACUCCUGGCAUGAGCGUCUGUACAUUUGGAGGAGUAAAGGGGUAGCAUGGGAUAGCAUGGGAUGGUAUGGAAAGGAAU